AAUAAAACUACCGGGAGACGAUUGUUUUGUGUCGUCUACUUUUGAUGACGUAGAAGUCGAGCGACAGACACACGCGUGGGAAAAGUGUUAAUACAAUAUGGCAACAGUGCAAGUUAGCGAGGCAGAGAAAGUCUACAUCUUACAUGGCAUAAGGGACGACUUACGAGUGGAUGGAAGGGGCUGCGAGGACUACAGACACAUGGAAAUAGAGACUGAUGUGGUGUCCAACACAGACGGAUCAGCCAAAGUCACUCUGGGGCACACGGCAGUUUUAGUUGGGAUUAAGGCUGAGAUUGGAAAACCGAGGCCCAUGCUGCCAAACGAAGGCUACUUGGAGUUCUUUGUUGACUGUUCGGCCAAUGCAACCCCCGAGUUUGAAGGCAGAGGAGGCGAGGAGCUGGGGACGGAGCUGAGUAACACCCUCUACAAAGUCUUCAACAACAAACACAGUGUGGAUCUGAAGAGCCUCUGUAUCAGUGCUGGAGAGCACUGCUGGGUGCUGUACGUGGAUGUACUGCUCCUGCAGUGCGACGGAAACUUGUACGAUGCCAUCUCGGUCGCUAUCAAGGCGGCUCUCUUCAACACAAAGAUUCCCAGAGUCCACAUAUCAGCUGACGAGGAAGGAGGGAAGGAAAUCGAGCUGUCCGACGACCCUUACGACUGCAUGAGGCUCAACGUAGAAAACGUUCCCUGUAUUGUGACCUUGUGCAAGGUGGGUCACCGGCACGUGGUGGACGCGACUCUGCAGGAGAAAGCCUGCUCUGUGGCGAGCCUCAUCAUCUCUGUCACGCACAAGGGCACGGUCACCUGCACGAGGAAGGUGGGCGGAGGCAGCCUGGAUCCGGAGAGCAUCUUUGAAAUGACAGAGGCGGGAAAACGAGUCGGGAAGGCCCUUCACGCUCCGCUCAUGAAGCUGCUGCAGCAGGAAGAGAGUCUGGGGAACAAGAGACAGAAAGUCGGCUUUCUUGGUUAGCUGAUUUUACAGCUAGUGUUUACAUGUAUAAUUUUCUAAUAAAGUGUUUAAUUUGUA